AUGUAUCUAUGCGUACAUGUUUUCGAAGAAGCGGGCGGGCCUAAAACCACUCAGGUUCAUCUUUGGUGCGGUGAUGAAGUAGCCGAGGCAGCUAUUGAAGAUGCACAACUUUUUGCUCGCAAGGUUGCCCGGGAAAAUAGCUGUAAGCUCGAGCUCGUCAAGCAAGGGAAGGAGGCACCAACUCUCAUCCAGGCUCUUGGCGGCAUUAUCAUCACACGCCGUGGCUCGGGGAGCCGCGCUAAUUCCUCGUCAAUGUAUAUGCUCUGUGGCCGCCGACAUAUGGGUCAAAUUGCGUUUGAUGAAGUUGAUCUGACCUCGAAAAGCCUAUGCUCCGGUUAUCCGUACCUAAUCUCCGCUAAAUUUGGCAAACUGUACCUCUGGCAAGGUCGCGGAAGCACAGCUGAUGAACUAGGCUGCGCCAGACUUAUCGGCAUGGACCUAGGCUUAACGGGUGAGAUCGAGGAAGUCAUUGAAGGAAAGGAACCGCCGGGAUUCUUCGAGACCUUUCCGGACACUUUCCAACCGACCCCAGCCCAAACUGCAGAUCAUUGGAAAUUGAAACCCACCAAUGGGAAAUAUUGUUGUCGACUCUACCGCGUCGACCGUGAACUUGGACAAAGAUUUGGAUCUGGCUUUUGGGGUCGUCGCGGGACCACCUCGCCUGUCACAAGGCCGAAUGAUGUUGUGCAGGAAAUCGAGCCGUUUUGCCAGCGCGAUCUCGACCCCAAUCAUAUACACAUCUUGGAUACUUUCUUCGAGAUUUUUGUCAUUGUCGGUGAUCGAGCAAACGCGCGCUCCGCAGAGUUCGCCUCCGCGCUGAUAUUCGCCCAGGAAUACGGCAUUAUGGCUGUCUCUUUGCAAGACCGACCAUUCCUGCCCAAAAGCAGUGUCGUGAUAUACGGUCUUUCAGAAGAAUGCAAGCGGGCAUUCAGGAAGUGGGACGACCGGGGCGUUUUAUCUCCAAGAAAGACGCCAAGUGUUAUCCCGCUCAACGCUGCUAUUGAGGCUAUUCGGUGA